GUCUUCCCUCCAUAACUCAACCCACCCUUUUUUAACACCUCCCAACACAACACAACACAACAAUCUCCGCACACCAAAUCCCCUCUAAGCCCCAAAACUCUUAUCGUCAACAUGUUCUCCACUCAAUCCCUCGUCGCCCUGACUCUCGCCGUCGUCGCCGCUGCCGGCGUGCAAGCCCAGUCCACCUCCACGGCAUCUCUCACCGCCGCCUGCGCCAACCUCUCCGCUCUGCCCGCUUGCGACGUGUUUGCCUCAUGCACAACCCAAGCCAUGACCACGGGCGUCUGCAACCCCGACAACCUUCUCGCUUCCCUCUGCGCCGACCCCGCCGGAGCGGCCGCAGCCCAGUGCACGCCUAAGCCUGCUGGAACGCCCGUUCCGACCCUGUUGAGCGCGAGGAAUGCGACGAGUGUUGUUGCGGCGCUUUGCAUGGCGAUGCCGGAUAUGAAGGAUUGCCAGGGUGCGGAUGCGUGCCCGGCUGCUGAUGCGGCGACGGGUGUUGCGAAAUGCAAGGCGUUGACGCAGGCUGGAAGGCUGUGCUUGGACAUGCCGACUAUGAAGGAUUGCGCACCGAUCCUCGCCUUCUGCUCAGCGUCCAACAAGCUCGGCCCAUACUGUGGAGCCGUCGCCGCAGGCAGUGCCACCAACACUACCUCCUCUGCCUCGCUCGCGCCCGCGUCCACGACGGCGCCGGCCGCUGGCAAGACGUCAGGCGCCAUGGUUGCCAGUGCCAGUACCGGCAUUGUUGCCGCUGCGGGAGCUAUGAUUGCCUACGCUUUGUUGUAAAUGUAGUUUUUAGACCGAACCCACGGCGUAUGAGACACUCUUUCGCAUUUUCCCUGAAGCGUUAGGAUUACUUUUUCUUUGGCCGUUUGUAAAUACAUGUUCAUGCACCCGUAACGACGAAUAAUCGUGCUCUCUCUCUCUUCAAAGCUUCAUCAACGGCUUGCUGCGAGAUUUGCAGUUGGGAGCUCAGAGAGCACAAGUCACGUGGGCGGAGCGUGGACGACACCAAACGAGGCUCCUUUCUGGCGUUUCACCAAUCAUGGGAGUAGGGAAAACCGCACAACAAGAGCGCGGAGUCAUCACCGUUGGACAGCCUGUAACUUUUUUCCAUGUCCAUUUGGUAGUACUAUAUAUAUACAGUAUACGAG